ACAGCUGUGCAUGCAGCAGUAGCAGCAUCAUGUGGGAGUAGGCUGGGCGGGGAAAAGCCACUUCAUGUGACGUCAGUACAGAAACAGUUCAGCCAGUUUGGAGAGGAGGAAGCAGGACUUCUCUGUGUACCGAAACCUGGACGUCCACGCAGAAGACACCCCCCGGCUCCUGCAGGAAGCACCAGCCAAGCCGGACACUCAAACCCAGCCCCCGCCCCAGCAGUUGCCGCCGUUCCGCGGUCACUUCACGCGACUUGCACUUAGCGGCAGAAACACCGGAUACGAGCUCUGCUGCCGGGACCGAGACUUCCGUUAAGAAGCACGGCGGGGGAAAAUCGUUCUAGUCGAUAUUUCUAGAGGCUGGCAUGUAGCAGCCCCGUGUGCAGGUAUGUUUACCCGGUUUUUGUCGGGUCGUGAAACCUGCUUUGACGCAGUGUGUCGCUCCGGUGAGACGGCGGCUUGUUGGCAGGCUGCAGGGCUCUCUGUAAUGAAGAGGCAAGCCAAGAAGGUGCUGGAGGAGGAGGCGGUCUUGUGCUGCUGCGAAUACAUGAACAGACACGGACAGCGCAGCCAUGUAGCAGCCUGCUGCUGUGACUGUGAGGACCUGGAUGACGCCUGUGACAGGUUUCUGAAGAGGGAACCUCAGAAGCCUGAAUCCCUGUCACAGGUGGCUGCAGUCGUCACAGAUCGGAUUCGUGUGCCGUGGCUGUGGGGUGGAGCUCGCAAGGUGGACCUGUCCAUCAUUCCUCCUCUUCUUCUCCUUCCUGCCCUGCUGCACCUUGCUGCUCUCCACUUCCUGAUCGGGAUGGUGGUUCUGACAGCUCUGCCGGGCUUAGUGCUGUGGUACUACUAUUUCACCCACCGUAAGAAAGGACAGACCCUCUUCUUCCUCAGCCUGGCCCUUUUCUCCUUGGCGUACAUGUACUACUUGUUCAUCACUGAGGUGUUUCCACAUGGGGAUGUUGGACUGCUUCAGCUAGCGCUGGUAAGCGUCGGGGUUGUCCUCACCCUGCUGGCUCUUUUCCACACCAAGAGAGAUCCGGGCAUCCUGCGCCCAAACGAAGAGUCCGUUCACAGCAAGGUGGCGUAUUACAGCUCCCCCACAGGCAGAAACCCUUCCCUCAGUGGUGGGAGGCAGGAUGUGACGAUGACUGUAGCCAACCGGGCUGGGGUGUCGGAGCAUGCGGAGGAGGAAAUGAAGGAAAGCAACCGAAAGAACUGGUGUCAGGCAUGCAGGAUGGUGCGGCCCCCCAGGGCGGGGCAUUGUCGCAUCUGUGGUGUCUGCGUGCUGCGUCUCGACCACCACUGUGUCUGGAUAAACAGCUGUGUGGGGCAGGCCAAUCACCGCAGCUUUCUGCUCACGCUCGUCCUCUUCCUGUUGACGUCCCUGUACGGAAUCAGCCUGGUGCUGCAGAGUGUGUGUCCACGGCAAAAUCUCCUCUUCGCCUUACUCUACUGCCCAGGAGUCUACAACCAGUACAGCACUGCUCUUUGCUUCACCUGUGCGUGGUACAGCAGCAUCGUGACGGGCGGGUUGCUUCACCUGCUGGCGAUACAGCUCAUCAACGUCAGCUACAACGUGACCGAGCGCGAAGCCCGCAUCGCCCUGCGAGAGAAAACCGCUCGCAGCGCCUACUGGGGACUCGUCGUGAACACUGGCGCCUAUUCCCGAGGUUUCCGUGGCAACUGGUCUGAGUUCAUGAGCAUGGGAGACAAAGUGAUUCCCCCCUCUCCCACUGACUUGGUGUGAGAGACUUGUGAUGCAAUGCUGUUUAAAGUUUGGGAAUUGUGGCUGCUGGUGUGUUAGUGUCCACUGGAUGGCAGCAUGACUCCUUUUAAAUGAUUGGACGUGCUGCUGGCAGCAAACCUCAGAGCUGCUACGUUUUUAACGUGCAACAUAUGGAGUUGCACUGACUUUGACACUUAGCAAUAACAACUACUCACGCCCAUAAGAUGCACAUACUGCCAUAAACGUGAAGGACAUGCAGGAUCUCCUCUAUGCAGCUGGUCAUAUACGUCACCUCUGCCAAACAAAUAGUACUAGUCCUUCACGCUGGAUGUCUUCCUUGACUUGAAGGCUGACCUUAUGUCUCCCCUCCUUCGUAGUGCCUUGAUGCGAGACAAUAACUCCAAUCUGCUGAUCCUGGUGGGGACAUUUUGUCUGAACACAGCACAAGAUGAUGCCUCUGAGUGCACAGAUAGGAUAUUCAAGGAGGCUCUCUAGGGCUCACUAUAACCUUUUUAUCAUUCACAAACAGACUGCACUUGACCUUGUGAAACGAAUUCAUGGAUAUUUAUCACAACUAAUUGAAACAUUUUGGCACAGGCCAGAUAGGCCAGCUAAUUUGAAGUUGCACAGCAGCUGAUUGCUUAGUUAUUACCACACGAUUACUUUGACUCUUUUAAUCUGUUUCAAAACUGACUCAGAAAUGGAACAACUCUUAGAUAAAUGGAAAACGCAAAUGAAUCAAUAUGUUUUGGCAUCAGUUAGAAAUGAGUUUUUCACUGCUUUUGGUUCUCACAGGCAUUAAAGGGGUUUUUUUUGUUUGUUUUUUGUAUUCCAAUAAUUGCUCUGGUUGAUUUAUGUGUUUCUGUGAAAAUAUUUUAUAAAAUAAAUGUAAGAAGUUUGCAGUGUGUCAUCUUCCAGAGUGAUGCUGAGAUGUUUGCGUGUCGCCUGCAUCA